AUGUGCGAUUUCGAUGGCGAUAGUCCCGCCCGCUCCGGAUUGGUGCGUCUGCGAUACGGAAUCGAACGUAAAGUGGCCUCGCGGCUACCUACACCGAGCUACCCAUCCUUCGUCGCUGAGGCCUACACCGCCAGCGAACUGCCCACUAGGAGUCCGGGAACACAGGGGAACGGAAUUUUUUUCUGGAACGCACUUGCGAGCAACACGUAA